AGGAGAUUUCAGCAGCAGGAGGUGACGUCAGCAAGCCGCUUUCCCCUUGUUGACUCAAUAACAAGAAAGAAAGAAGGAAAGAAAGAAAGUGACCUGAGAGAAAUGCUUUAUCUUAUGCCACAUCGCUCACUUUCAACACGACUUCAACAGCUCGAGUGAUGUAUAUGCGGUUCAUCGGUCUGUCGUACAAAUUUCUUUGUCUUCUGGCCAGUUAAGUUAAACGGAAGAUCUGUUUAGUCGUUUGCGCGAGGAUUUCUGUUCCACGAAGGAUCUUAUGACUCUCCUCUGGACUUUUAAACGUAGAACAUGUUUGUUUUUUGGAAGAGUAGCAGUAAUAUGAGUGAUCUGGUGGGUCCGGAGUAUCAGGGCUGCGUGGACGGAUCUCUGAUGGACGGGUUCAGUGUAUUUAUUCAGGGUCUGUUGGCUGUUCUGGCUUUCAGCACUUUAAUGUUGAAGAGAUUUCGUGAACCUGUCGGAAUAAGAAGAUCGUGGAGGAUCUGGUUCUUUGAUACGUCAAAGCAGGCCAUUGGGGCUCUUUGCAUGCAUUUUGCCAAUAUUUUCUUGUCCACACUCACCAAUGAAGAUCCCUGUUCUCUAUAUCUGUUGAAUUUCCUGUUGGAUGCCACAUUGGGAAUGCUGGUGAUCUGGAUGGGGGUGAAGGUUGUUUCCAAGAUAGUGGAGCACAAACAGCUAACACUGCUGAUGUUUGGAGAAUAUGGUGAUCCUCCCCGGAUAGCGGCCUGGUUGGCUCAGUGCUCAGUGUAUUUACUCAUCGUUGCUCUGGAGAAAAGUGUGGUCACUCUGGUGCUGCUCAUUCCCGGGUGGACCAAUCUGGAGGAGGUGGUGCUGGACUACAUCCCAAAUCCACAGCUGGAGUUGGCCAUUGUCAUGCUGAUUGUGCCUUUUAUUGUCAACUCUAUAAUGUUCUGGGUGGUGGACAGCUUAACAAUGCGGAAAUAUAAGAAAAUGACGUCUCUUGAGGGCUCACGUGACUGUCCUAAGCAAGUAGAGGUGUCACCAGAUGAGAGCAAUGACGAAGCUGAGGUGCUGCUAAAGGAAGAUGAAGAUGAUGCUGCAGUGUGUUCUGAACAGGAAGAGCACGUCUCAGCAGAAGAGGCUUUAAUACAAGUCUGUAUGGGAGUUUAGAAGUAUACUUUCUGAAACACUAGAUCUCUGUUCUUAAACCUAUGUGAGCGGCCUUGUUGUUUACUUCAUGCAUAGGCAAUUACCUUCCAAAUAACUCAUAAGUGACUGAUUUGGAACACUCUAAUUAAGAAUAAAUUUAGUGCAACACACAAAUAGAACUUUUCGUGUUAUCUACACACUGGAGACUGGACUCCAACAGAGUUUGGCGUUAGCAUUUGCUAAGCUAACAACACAAUGCUCAGUACUUGACAUGAUACUAUGUAAAAUUGUCCAUUUUUAGUUAGAUUGAUAGAUACUUUUUAGUAUCGAAUGAAAGUGAAAUUGAAAUGUAUUUAUUUAGCAUCAACAUUUGAUUUAUGAAAUUCUUGUGCUAGUAUGGUUUGGAACGGCGUUCUUGUUGGGAGAGUGCCAGUGAUGCUUGAAAUAGAGCUUUUCAUGGGAGGACACUUUGGAGAGUAGACUUACAAUUGAUUCCAAUUGAGGGGUGUUUACACAAAACUGAAAACUUUU